CCCGGGGGGCACAUGCCUAUAGCUUCCCAUGAGUGAUUGAGUGUAACAAAACAAAACAGUACAGAUACUAGCUACAACGCCAAUAAAUGUACUAUUUGGAUUAUGAAGUACGAAACAGACUUGCCCGGCAAGGAUGAACCUCGCCAUAUGUCUGUGCAGGAGCGUCGCAACUUUAGCCGCCAGCAACAGUUCGACAUGAGACGAUGCAUCAGUAUUAUUGGCUGUGACGUGGCAGAGCCAAGCGUUGAGUCGCGAACCCAGCUAUCGAACGUUCCAGUUAUGGAGGCCAUGAACUGCGGGGAUCAUCCGCUGGUUCAGCCAUCGGCUAUGCGCAUGAUGAUCAAAAUUAUGGCAAGCAGCGCCCAAUCGAAGUACAAGGCGCACAAGCGGGUGGCUGCCAAAGCCGUCUGGGUUUUAACGAAUAUCGCCAAGAGUGGACCCGAUACUCGUCUGCUUGUGGGUCGCCACAACUUAAUUGAUGCUCUCGUGCUGUUGAUGUCAUGCUGCACCAUGGGACAGUGGGGCCUGGUCUAUUUGCAGCGUAUGAUAAAACUGGUACGGAAUAUGUUCCAAGACCCCAAAUGCUGUCCCACGCUGUCGGCCGGACAGCUCAAAAGUUUUCUGGCAGCUCUCUCGCAGCUGAUUUAUUUCCCCGAUACCCCAGUGCUGGUCGAUCGCUGUGCCGCUUUGUCGUAUAUCAGCGAUCUGACGGUUAAUGUGCAGACGGUCUUCGAUUCGGGAAUAGUUUACGGUUCGGUGAUGCUUUUGCAUAGCAGCGACGAGUUGCCGUUUAUGUGUAUUGUCGCCGACGAAGAUGAUAAGCUUACUGAGGUGAUCAUUGCCACUGGCUGUAUGCCCCUGCUGGGCGACCUGUUGCUGAGUACAAACAGAGACAUUGCCAAGGAGGUGGCUUGGAUUUUCAGUAACAUUGGGGUCGGCACCCACAGCCACAUUGAGUCACUGUUCCGGGCUGACAUGUUCCACCUCAUAGAUGUCGUUCUUAUGGACAGCAAUCCCAAAGCCAAAACGGUUGCCGCCUGGGUGGAGACCAACAAAAUAUGCUGUGGUGGCCGGGUUGGGGCUAAGCUAACACUAGACGCUCUAUUCAAUUCGUUCCUUUAUCUGCUGGAUUGUGAUGACCUGAACACCACCGAGGCGGUGCUGACUGGGCUGUCAGAUCUCUUGAAGCUGGCCACGCAUUGGGGCACUGCCGAACGUAUAUGCAUCCUGGUCGAGGAUUCGGGUGCACUGGACAAGCUGGAGCUACUCCAAUAUAGUUAUUCAGGAACACUGCAGCUGACCGCCGAUUCGAUACUCAAUAAGUAUUUUGCCGACUCCGAUGAGGACUAGCCAAAGGAAGAGCUCGCUCGCUUCUCACCCAAUCUGUAUUAAAUUACAUGCCACAUACCAUAGCACAUACCAGAUUCAGGAUUCAGACAAAAAGGCUCUGCUAAGGUGUUGGCACUUGUGUUCAGUUUUACCCCGUUCCGUUGUUCCACUAAGCCAAAGCCAAGGACCUGUGGAGGCUGCAGAUUGCAAUCCGUA